AUGGUUACAAGUUUCAAAGACUUGGGUAAAUCUGCGCGGGAGCUUUUCGAUAAGCACUUCAAAUAUGGGCUGUUGAAUUUUGAAUUCAAAACGAAAACGAAAAACGAUAUCGCCGUUACUUGUGGUGGAAAGCACGACACCAAGUCCCAGCAGGUCGCCGGAUACCUUGAGUCAAAGCUGAAACCAACCAAAGGUGUAUCCAUCAAAACCAAGGUUGAUUCCAACUGGGUUGUCACCACGGAUGUGGAAGUUGAGAAGAAACUCCACAAAGGGUUGUCUCACAAUGCUGUGGCAACUGUGGAAACUGAAUCAGGGAAAAAAUCGUUGCAGCUAAGGAACAAGUUUAAGCAUGAUCUGGUCAACGUUGGAUUUGAUAUGGACUUCAAUUCUAGGUAUCCGUUGGUGACGGGUUCAUUUGUUGUUCCAGUACCUAAUUUUGAGGCCGUUGUUCUGGGAGCCCAAGGUGUGGUUGAAACUGAGCCAUUCAAAUUGAAGAAACAUGUGUACACUGUCGGAUUCAAACAAGACGAUUUGCGGCUAACGGCGUCGCUCAUCGAUCAUGCGAAUAUAGAUUUGAGCGUUUACCAAAAACACAAAGACAUGAAGAUGGCUUUCAAGGUUGGUUGGAAAAAGGAAACCCGUGAAACUAGUUUCGGUGCGGCUGUCCAAUACAAAUUGUCCCCGAAGAGCAACGUGAAAGUCAGGAUUGAUCACAACUGCAUUGUCGGCGUUGCUUACAAGCUGAAGUUAGACUCAGGUUAG